UAUAUACAUUGAUGUUGUUGAAAUGCUGUUUUUCUCAUUGCUGGAUGAUAGGAGAUGGAAUUUCUUUGCAAAAUGUACUAAAAAGUUUCGGAAAGCAAGAAAAAGUCUAAGAAAGUUGUAGUUGAUUUAUUUAUUUUGUGUUUAUCUCGUAAUUACUUCACCAGGAGAAAGAGGAAAACAAAAAGAAGUUCUUGUGGCUUGAAUACUUGUUUCCUCGCCCGGCUUGGUGUAAAAUUAUCUGCUACUAGAAUUUACCAAAAGAGUAUUAAAUCCAGGUUUUGUAAACAGACUGAAUUCAGACACAAAUAAAGGGUAUCACAGGCUAAAUUUAAUCACAAAACUCUGCUGUUACAUAUUCCCGUCUUUCCAUGUUUUUUUAAACAGUUUAUGAGUAGAAUUACCAUUUUGAAAAACAAAAAACAAUUGGAAAUGCUGGUGAAUAAUGUCUCUGGAAUAUAAUCCAAAAAGCACCUUUGUUCGAAAGAGAAGACGGAAUAAGAGAGAAGAAGAAGAAGAAGAAGAAAUAAAAGAAUGUGAUAAAGACAUUGACAUAAUUGUGAUUGGAAAUAGAAAUGUUGGAAAAACUAGUUUAUUAUUUCAAUACGCAAACAAAAUGCACACUGAAACUUACAUACCUACCGUUGGAUUUGACUAUUUACAAAAGCUUAUUCAGACAUAUGAUGGUAACAAAGUUCGAGUGAAAUUCUGGGACACAUCUGGUGCUGAAGAUGCGAUGGAAAACAUUGCUAAAAAUAUCUACAAAUGCGCUUCAGGAUUUAUCGUGAUGUAUGACGUCACUGACAUCCAAUCAUAUAACGACGUGUAUCACUGGAUGAACCUGUUGGAUGAAUAUUCCUUGAGCAAUUCUUAUGUCGUCAUCAUCGGCAACAAAAGCGAUAGGAAAGAAGAUCGCAAAAUAAGCAAGGAAGAGGGCGUUGAAUUGGCGGCGUGUUAUGACGUCAAAUUUAUGGAAACUAGCGUCUUUCAAGAUAAAAAUAUUAAAAAAACUUUAGUUCGAAUGAUAAGCAAUAUUGUUGAUUAAAGAACAACGUAUUUUAGUUUGAUUGUCGAACUUUGUAAAACACGAAUUAUAGUUUGUUUGCCGAACCAUUAAAAGUUUGUAAACAAACCCGCGAAACGAACAACUGAUAUUCUUCAGGACUCAGAGCAAAAAGAAAAAGUCUUGGCAACGAGGUAGAAAUAACAAUGAAAUAAAUUAUAUUUCUUGUCAUGUAAUGAAAAUCGGUUUUCUUUUAUAAAAAGAGAUAAGUAAUUGAAAAUAAAAAACAGUGGCUAGCAAAAUACCGUAUAACCAAAUGCCAUGCAUUUUUUGUUGUUUACAAGCUAUGUACACACCUACGUAAAUAAAUAAUUCUGAAUAAACAAUUAUAAUUUAAAAACCUUGUUGUUGUUUUGAUCGAUAUAUGACAGAUGGCACCACGCCCAUAUUUCAACACUCAAUUAGCAACGUCCCUAGUAGCGCUGCUAUAAAAAAUUUUAAACGCAUGAGCGAGUCGGAGAAAUAUCACAUUUUACAAAUGAAAAUUCGUUUUUAAAGCAAAUGUUCCACACGCAACACACCUUCUUGUAAAAAAAAAGUAGUCUUAGUCAAAUUCACAGAAAACAUUUUAAAUAAUGGAAAAUGCAAAUUGUAUCACGCAUUUU